CAGAAUUUAUUUCUAUUUCAAAAAUAACCGCGUUGCACAAUUCUAGUUUGUAAUUAAAUAACAUAGAAUUGAAAUUAAUUUAAUUUCCUUCGUCAGUUUCUUGAUCACACAAAAAUCCCUAACUUCCCUCUGAUUCAUCUCCAUCUUUCGCUUCUGAUCUUCGGCGUCAGUAGUCCUCCGCAACCGUGCUAUUCGCGUAGCUCCUACUCCGCAUCGGUGCUCAUCGCAGACAAAUGGAUGCUACCCAGUUGCCCAACAUAAAAAAAUGGAUUGUGAUGUAUCCUGUUUACAUCAAUUCCAAAAAAACAAUGGCAGAAGGAAGACGCAUCGCAGUCGCCAAAGCUUGCGAAAACCCUACUUGUGCUGAAAUCGGUGAUUGUUGUAGCUACCUCAAGCUUCCUUUUGCAAUUGAGAUCGACAAGGCGUACCCUCGCGAUUUCAUGCAAAGAGGGCGCGUGAGGGUGUUGCUAAAGAAGGAGGAUGAGACACUUAUUAAUCCCUCUAUCUUGUCACGAAAGCAACUGAUGUUACGGGUUGCAGAGAUGGUGCCUAGGCAUCAUGGAAGAACCAAGAAGCAAGAGACUGCAUCAACGUCAACUACUGGACCUUCCCACAAAUCUGGAAAGGGUGGCAAAAGGAGGAGAUAAUUUAUGUUUCAAACGUUGUUGUACAUGUUUGAGUGUUUUGUCUGAUGUACUUUCUAUGAUAUGACCAAAUUAAAAAAUUUCCAACUGUAACAUCUGUCUCUAAACUUUAGCACAAUUUAGGCAUUCCUACACUUGGGUCUCUAUUUUGCUUAUUGGACAAUUUUUUUUUUCAUAGCCUUCAUUUGGGAGGGAUGGGAGACCUUGAAGUUGCUAAGGGGUUACUUCAACAAUAAAAUUUUUGAUGUGAUUUAUUUGAAUACUUAUUCUAUUUGAUAUUAAACAGGACAAGACCAUUCGUAU